AUGUCUCGCUACUCAAGACCUCCAAAUACGUCUUUAUAUGUGCGAAAUGUUCCAGAUGGUACCAGACCAGAAGAAUUCAGAAGUUUGUUCGGCAAAUAUGGCCCUAUAACUGACGUCUAUAUCCCUGUGGAUUACUACACCAGGAGAACUCGAGGUUUUGCCUACAUACAAUUUGAAGACCCAAAUGAUGCCGACGAUGCAUUACACUAUCUAGACCGGGCCAGGUUCCAUGGGCGUGAACUGGAAAUUGAAUUUGCAAGAGGAGAUCGUAAAACACCAAACCAAAUGAGAGGUAAGGAGCGUUCAAGACGAUCGCCAAGACGGCAUGAUGAUGAUAGGAGGGGUCGUGGCUCUAGAUACAGGUCGGCUAGUAGAAGCCCGAGGAGACGUUCUUAUAGCAGAUCUAGAAGUCGAUCACGAUCGUAUGAGCGACGUCGAAGUCCCUCAUAUGAGAAGAGGCGCAGCCCAUCUUAUGACAAGCACAGGAGUGUUUCUCCAAGAAGAACAUGAAGCCAUCUGGAUGUGAAAAACAGCUGGAUGGUCAAAUUUGAAUGGACCUAGUUUUGUGUGGGCUUCGGUACCAUCAGACACCAUGACCAGCUUCUGUGUGAAAGGAAACAGCUGGAGUGGCCUUGAUUAGAAC